AGAACCUCGCGUGAGCUAGAACAGCACAGACGUGUGCUCACCUCCGCCGAUGCGACGGGGGCACAGUACACACGUAUUGCCCCUUAAUAAAACAUGGCGGUAUGGAGGUGCUUUAUCGAAGUUUUAUUUUCGAAGUUUAUCAUAAUGUUUCUGUUGCUGGUUCGAGUUGGAUUCGCUAAUGUAGCAACAAGAUUUCCCACAGAAACAGAUGUUGUUCGUUGGGCCACAGCACUUGAUUCUAAUCUGCAAGAUUCCAAUCAACAUAUAGCUUUGGUAUAUUCGGCAUAUAAUAAAGACAUAAUGCCAGAUCUCAACAUUGAAUUCAAAGAAAUUGAUGGGGAGAAGCUGGUUAGUGACAUGAGCAAAACCCUGUCUGAGAUGAUGAAUAAGAAGAUGGAUGCACUCAAGAAAUUAGUUGAUGCAGCUGAGAUAGCGGCAGCAGAAUACAAGUGGGAUAAAAAUUUAAUGGCAAGGUUGGUAAAAUUUGGGGAUUGA